UCAGAUUCAGAGCCACCCUUUCUCUCUCUGUUUCCUUUUUCCACUGGCUGUAUUAGUACUCAGUACACACACACACACCCAUACAAUACAACAAAUACAAAUACUGCAAAAACUUUGCUCUCUUCAUUUUAAUGGUGUGAGCACAACUAUAACAACAACAACAAUAACAACACUGUCUGUUUUCUUCUUCUUCUUCUUCUUUCCCACUCAUUACCAAAUACCCAUCUUCACAAAAACCCAAAACCCCAUUUAAUUCCCAAUGCAACUUUAAUAUUACUAUAUAAUUUUAAUUUGUUCACCUUUUUUGUACCUAAAUGAAAUAUCCUAUAUGUUACGUGUAUUUUAUGUGUGUUUUGUUUUUUGUUGCUAUAUAUAGUAAGUUUGUAGUGUGUGAAAGAGUGUUUUUGGAGUUGUGACUUGUGAUGAAUAGAGGUAAAGAGAUCAAGGGCAUUGAAGGAAAAAUGAAGGGGCAUGAAGAAAUGUUACGUAUGGGGAAUGAAGGUGUUGCGUAUAAUUUGAAUCAUCAUCAGUAUGAUCAUGAUGGGAGGAGGAUGAUGGGGCUUUCGCCUUGGGGUUCGAGUUCAUUUUCUGGUGGUUUUGGUUUGUAUGGUGAUGAAUCAGUGGAUUCUUGGAAUGUAUUUGAUCAGACUAUUCAUCAAAGACGAGGAGUACACUCGGGUUCUGGUUGGUCUUCCACCAUGUUUGAUGACCAUAAAGUUGUUGAUAUAGGACUGUCUGAGAGGUUUUAUGGGAUGAGCAUUGAUGAUAAAGCUGGAUUUAAUGAUCAUUUUUUCAAUGGAACAGGGAAUUUGAGUCAUGGUUUUUGUGAUUUUCAAGGUUCAGGAGGAGCAUUAGGCCAUAGGAGGGACAAUUUGUGUGAUCCAAUGGGGCCUAGAGACCUGUUUUAUCAUCAGAAAGAGGAGCAAAUUAAGUAUGAUUACUUGUGUAAAAUGAGUAGUAGGAGUUGUAGUGAUGAGGGUUAUCGAUAUUCCGUGCAGUGUGGAUUUGACGAUGAUAGGAGUUUUUUUAGCUCAUUACAUGGUUCUCAGUUGAUGAUGGGAGGAUUGAGUUCUGAAUGUGAUUGUUCUAUAGCAAAACAAAGGGUAAAACCAAUACCUAAUAGUAUAAUGAAUCAUCACCCUUUAUCCCCAUUGCCAAAUUCGAGAAGCGGUGAUAGUUACAGUAAUGAAGAUAGCUUUAUCCUUCAAGGGGAAUGUUUAAAAUAUGGAAAGGGUCAUAAGAAAAAGACUAGGAAUGAGAUUAGAAUGGAAAGGUUGCAAGAGAAGAAACCGGCGAGAAAUAGCUUAUUGAAUUCUGGGGAAUCUUGUGAAGUAAAAGGAGCUAAUAGAAAUGAUUUGGUCUUAAAGGAAGGAAAUAUAGAGAACAAUGUGUAUUUGGCAGCAAAAGAUCAGGUGGGGUGUAGGUAUUUACAGAGGAUAUUUGAUGAAGGGACUUCUGAAGAUGUUCAGAUAAUAUUCAAUAGUAUUAUUCAUCAUAUCUUUGAGUUAAUGAAGGAUCCAUUUGGGAACUAUCUUGUCCAGAAAUUACUUACUGUCUGUAGUGAGGAGCAGAGAAUGCAGUUUGUGCUCAUGGUGACUAAGGAUCCAGGAGAGCUUGUGAAAACAUCUAGGACAACUCAUGGGACGCGUGUUGUUCAAAAGUUAAUUGAGUCAAUGAAAAACAGGCUGGAGAUUUCCUUAGUUAUAAGGGCACUUCAACCUGGUAUUCUUAAUCUCAUGAUGGAUGUCAAUGGAAAUCAUGUGAUUCAGCGUUGCUUGCAUUGUUUAAGCAAGGAUCAUAACAAGCUUAUUUUUGAUGUUGCGACUAAACAUACUGUUGAUAUUGCAACACAUCGUUAUGGAUGCUGCGUUCUGAAUAAAUGCAUCAGUUAUUCAACUGGGAAGCAACGCGAGAAGUUACUUGUUGAGAUUUGUUCUAAUGGGCUUAAGCUGGCUCAAGAUCCAUUUGGGAAUUAUGUUGUUCAAUUCAUAAUAGAGUUAAAGAUACCCUCUGUUGCUGCCAUGUUGUGCUCUCAGUUUGAAAGGCGUUAUGUAUACCUCUCAAGGCAAAAGUUUAGCAGUCAUGUCAUUGAAAAGCUCCUGAAGUGUUUUGAAGAAAGCAGGUCGAGAAUCAUCAAUGAGUUAGUCUCAGAACCUCAUUUUGAUCAGUUGCUGCAAGAUCCCUUUGCUAACUAUGUGAUUCAGUCUGCACUUGGCGUUACUAAGGGAUCUGUUCGGGCUUUGUUGCUUCAUGCUGUGCGGCCUCACACGCUACUCCUGCGCACUAGUCCAUACUGCAAGAAGAUCUUCUCUCGACGACUACUGAAAAAGUAAUGCUCCAAGCGAGAGUAAAAUGUUGUUGUUCUCUAGGUAACUGGAUGUGGAAUGUAUCUUAUCUAUGAUCCUACUAAAGUGAUCACAGUAACAUAUUAGACUAUUAGACUGUUGUAUGUCAUGCAAAAAUUUUGGUUGAUGCCUCUUUGUAUGCUGUUUUUUGCUAAAACCUUCGGAUAUGUAAGAUUGUAGGGGAUAAUGACUAUAUCUGACUUAUCUAAAUUUAGUUCUUGUUUUGUGUUA